AUCAAGGCACAUCGUAUAAUUCUUGUGUCGAAUUCAGAAUACUUUGGUAAUAUGUUACAAGGUGGGUGGAAAGAACAACAUAUGAAAUUAAUACCAAUAAAAGAAACAAGAUUUGAUACAUUUCGUAUGAUUCUUUAUUACCUUUAUUCUGGCAAAUUGAUGGACACGAGUCUUGUUACCCUCUGUGACGUUUUUCGUCAAGGUGACAUGAUGAUGUUGGAUGAUUUGAAGGAUUUUGUAGCAAGGAAGUUGAAAAUGUUGAUAAACGAUGAUACAUAG